AUGCCGUAUUGCGGAGUCGAGGGGUCUGCUGCGCGGAGGGAGACAUAUGAGGUGGGCAAUGUUGCUAUGGAAGGGGUGACUGAGAGUUGGUCGACGGUGACGGGGAAAAAGGGAAAGGGAAAAAAAUCAAAGGCGGGGUCCGCAUCUAAACCCUCUUGUGGGACAUCUGGUGUGGCGUCCUCUGCAACGCCCCUGGUGGUGGCCGUGCCCCCUGAUCCUUUGAAGCUGCCAGUUGGAGGACAAUCCCAAGCACAACCUGGUCUGAGGCAACAGGGUCUUGGGGGUGCAAAGUAUGGGCAGGUUGAACGCAGUACUGCGCGGGUGCUCGUGGAGCCUACCACUGCCGCAGUUGUUUUAACGUUGCGGAAGGAGGCGGCAGAGAGGGGCCACACGUACGCCGCCCUUUUGUCCAGAGCCAAGCAGGACAUCAGCUUAUCAGAGGGGGAAAAGGCCGACCGCCUUGCGGAGUGCCUUCGGGAGGUGCUGGCGGACGUGGCUCGGGUGGAGAGACCUGUCAAAUGUGCGGAUCUUUACAUCCGAGACCUUGAUGAUAGCGUAACCGUUGAGGAGGUGGUGACAGCCGUGGCAGCUAAGGGUGGUUGCUCUGCUCACCAAAUUAAGCCUGGGCAAAUUCUUAGGCGUGGCAAUGGUAUGGGGGACAUUUUUAUCUUAUGUCCGAUCUCUGCUGCCAAGAAGGUAGCCGAAGGGAGGCUUCUUAUUGGAUGGAGCUCGGCCAGAGUAGAAAUACGGGAAGACCGACCUCUAAGAUGUUUUAAAUGUAUGCGACUGGGGCAUACAAGAGAAUUGUGUACAUCAGAGGUGGACCUAGGAAUGGCAUGUUAUAGGUGCGGGAAGGUUGGGCAUAAGGCCGGUGAGUGUGGUUUGCAGUCACACUGCGUGGUCUGUGCUUCGGCUGGAAUACCUGCGGGGCAUAAGAUGGGUGGACGGGCCUGCAAGCCUCCACCGGUUAGCAAAGGGGGUUUUACUGGGGCUGCGGCGCAUCCGUCGCCAGAGGUGUUCCUCCCUGGGGAGUCUGGUGCAAUGUCUGAUUAA